UACACAGCUGGUGUUAAGCUGGGCUCAGGUUUCAUUGGGCCCUGUCUGGCCUGAGCUCACUUUUUUCAGCCCCCCAGCCUGUGAUGCAAAGUAGCUUUGCGCAAUGCUGCUGCAGACAUGUAGAAAGGGCCCUCCGGUAGAAAGGGCAUAAAUCCACCUGCAGUCACACCACCCCAGGGGGAAGAGGUACCGUGGGGAGCUCGCCUGAAGAGUAACAGUAUCAGAGGGGCAGCAGAAGGGCGACACACACCAGGACAGAGGCAAUUUUUCUUUCAGCAGACACCGUGGAGGCAAUUUUCCAACAUGAAUCUGGUAGCAGAUCUUCUCUGUUUGUUGGCUUGCCUUACCCUGGUGACUUGUGACAGGGUCUACGUCCACCCUUUCAAUUUGUUUUCUUUCAACGAGAGUGACUGUGACAAGCCAGAAAAAUUGGUUCAGGAGGGAAAGAUGAAAACUAUUGUCCCCGUCUCCAUUGAGUCUCAAACCACACCUGCCUACGAAGAUGACUUGAAUGACAAGGACACGUUGGAACCCCUGAGCCUAAAUGGCUGGGGGAAGGAGGAACCAGGCUACAUGAAGGACUUGGUGUACAUCCUGGGAGUGCGGUUUUACAGCAUGCUGCGGAAAGCGCAGCAGGGCCAAAAUGUGCUUCUGUCCCCAACCAGUCUUUACAGUUCCUUGGUGUCUUUCUACCUGGGCGCCUCAAACCAAACAGCACUUGAUUUGCAGGGUUUGCUGGGACUUGUUCCCCCCUCCGGAAACCCUGACUGCACUUCCAGGGCAGUCGGAAGCAAUUUCCUUUCCAGCCUGAGGACAAUCGAAAGCCUCGUGAAGAGUAGGGACGAGGAGCUGCUCUUUUCCAAGACACUCUGCCUGUUCUCUGCCCCUGGAAUACCGCUAUUUGAACUGUUCAUGCAGGACUUGCUCCACUCUGCUGAUGCUUUCUACGCCCGAGCUGUUGACUUUACAAAUCCAAGUGAGGCAAUGAAACAAAUAAAUGCCUUUGUGGAGGCCAAAAGCGAGGGCCAAAGCAAGUGCUUACUGACAGACAUCGAUCCAUCUGCAGACCUGCUGUUUGCGGUGGACGUCCGCUUGGCAGUGAAGUUUAAGCAAGCCUUCCAGCUGAAAGAGCCUCAGGAGUUCUGGAUAGAUUCAAACACAAAUGUCUUGGUCCCUAUGUUGUCCAUCAUGGGGACAUUCCAGUACAAAACUGAUGCCAGUGGGACUUUCUCUGUGGUGGAAGUCCCCAUCAGCAAGACGGCACUGCUGGUGCUGCUGCAGCCCAUCAAUGGCAGUGACCUGGAGCACGUGGAGUCCGAGCUGACAUGGCAGUCCUCGGCCUGGCUUCAGCGGCUGUCCCCAAGAGAAAUUAAAUUAACGUUGCCGGUGUUAAGAAUAGAAGACAGCUCUGACCUACAGGAGCUUCUUGCAGAUAUGGAACUGCCGGCACUGCUGGGGAAGGGGGCAGAUUUCAGUAAAAUAAGCAACACCAAUCUAACAAUUGGAAAGGUAAUAAAUAAAGCCCUUUUCAAACUGACCAGUGAUGAAACAGAUCAGGCGGAAGAUCCUGCAGCACAGAAGGAAGAUGGGGUGUACCUGGAUGUAACGCUGAACAAGCCGUUCCUUUUUGCUGUUUUGGAAAAGAAGUCAAGGGCAAUGCUUUUCCUUGGCAGAGUAACAAACCCUCUGCAUGAGGUUUAAAUGCAAACACAGGGGAUAAGAAAGGAAGGGAAUGAUGCCAUUUCCCAUCACCGUUUUCUUAUUCAUCAGCUAUUUUUGUGAUGUUGUUGAGUGCUCUACUUAGAGAUGAAGCAGUUAGUGUUUGAAAUACAGCUUUUUGAAAGCUAACACAUUGCAGCAUUUCAUCCUCAUUCAUCAGUUUCAUGUGAGGUGACACACUCUUCCUCCAGCUUCUCUUUUUAUUCUCACUUUGUCUCCCUUUUGCUCCCAGCUCCCUUUUUUGAUGCAGUGGGGCAGGGCAGUGUUUCGAUGCAAGGCGUCAACUUUAAAAAAACAGUUCUAUAAGCACAAACAGCAUUUACUAUAGAAAGGUAUAGAAAAGGACCUCUUCAUUCUUUAAGAAGCUGUUUAAAUUUUUUGUUUGGUCAGUUUUGCAAGAGAGACCGCCUUUUACAUUACAGUGAAAAUUUUGCAAUUAUCCACAGAAAUUUCUAGCUUCAUCAGCAACAUUUUCCUUUAAAAAGCUGUCAACAGCACAGGCAGGCUUUGCUUGUCCCACUGAGACAAGAUUUUUUGCCUUGAAAGCAAAACCACGCUUAGAAGAAGUUUCUUCUUUCUGCAGCCCAGAUGGAUACAUUAAUUUCCUAACUCUAUGGAAAUGCUAAAAAUAGGGCUUGGUAGCAUUAAUGAACUGUGAUGGAUAAAUUCUCAGAGUGGGACAGAAUUAUCUCUGAUUUUUUUAAGGAGAAAAAAAAAAAGGCCUACUAUUCCAAUACAGUUGCAUUCCUUAGAUUACAUCCUAACCUGCAAGGCAUUUAUUACCACUUUGUAGGAAAAAAAGACACUACUGGAUAGAUCCCAGUUCUGUAAACUUUAACAAAUCCAAACCAUAUGUUCUUUAAAAAUAGCACUAAUGGCAGUAAUAUGUAUUAGUAUAAAUGGUGGAUGUGGUGCUGCUACUUGUAAAUAAAAUUAUUACAGUGGUCAAGUACAACUCUUAACAGAGUUUGAAAUAUUAAAGUGGAACCACAAAUUUUUAGAGGACUCGAACUAGGAACUGAGGAAUUGGGAGAUAAACCUUGUUACUAAGGAAAGCCUCCCAGUGAAACAAGGAUUUCCACCUCUCAUCUCUAGAUUUGUCUUUAGCGCUGAUGGCGUUUAGAAAAUAACUUCUUGGGCAUACGAUGUUAGAUGCGUCCUAUAGAGCACAGCAGUUCAUUAUCAUCCACGGUGCUCCAAAUGUCUGUCUAAUCUAAAUGCACUAAUGCCAGCAGCUUGCUAUCAGUGAUAUAUAUAUGACAGAUCCUUCUAGCUUAAUGGAAAAUGCUAUGACAUUAUAAAUAAGAUAAAAUAACACAAAUCCCAAGAAUACUAGGAUUUCAAGUGCUAUGAUAUAGCAUCCAUGUAUUUAUCCAAUCAUACUGUAUGUAUUUCAGAUGCUCUAACAUCUAAAUAUUGUACUUGUAUUAUGUACAGAAGCAAUUAACUACAAAUAUACAGAGAUGGAUAGAUGCAAAUAAACCCACUUCUAAGUUUC